AUGAUUGAGAAAUAACCAAUAAUAUCACUUUGUGAAUCUAUUGUAUCAGAAUAAAAUCUUCUUUCAUCAUAAUUAUCUAGUACAGAUAAAAAAGGAAUUAGUCGAUUUUCAUUCAUCAAAUGUGAAUUAGAAGAUAAAUAAAAUUAUGCAUUGAAUAAUAGAAAUAGGAUAAAACAAUAACUCAAAGGUAUAAUAUUUGGUAUGAAAAUAGGCAGAUUAUAAUUAAUAAUUAAAAAACCAUCUUAUGAUGAAAGGAAUUCAUUGGAAGAACUAAAUGAAUUAAGCAAAAAAUUAGAUGUUGAUUUUAGUGAUAUUGAUUCAUAGAGCAUUUGUGCUGAUAUUAAAAAAUUUGAAGAAGAAUAUGAAAUGAUGGAAAUUUUAGGUGAAGGUUGUUUAGGAUUAGUUAAAAGAAUUGUAAAUAAAAAAACAUAAGAAGAAUUUGCAGUUAAAAUAGUAUAGACUUAGGAUGAUGAAAUUAUUAGAAAUGUAAGUUUCAUUAAUAUUAUAUUUAAGAUGAUAAUUGAAUUUAAAUCACUAUAAAAGUUAAAUCAUGAUAAUAUUGUGAAAGUUCAUAAAUUAUAUAUAGAUUUUUACAAUGGAUUUUAAUCUGAAAGUAAAGCAUAUGCUGUAAUGGAAUUAAUUAAAGGAAAAGAAAUGUUUGAAGUUAUUAAUGAAUUAGGUCAUUAUUCUGAAAAUGUUGCUAAGGAAUUAUUCAAAUAAUUAUUAAGUGCCAUAGAAUAUAUGCAUAGAAAUGGAAUUUGUCAUAGAGAUUUGAAACCAAAUAAUAUCUUGUGUGUUUAAAGUAUUUUUUAUUAUUUAUUAGAUAAAAAUUAGAUUAAAGUAACUGACUUUAAUGUUAGUAAAUUUAGUGAUUCUUAUAAAGAAUUUGGAGAUUUAAAAGAGAUAGAAAAAAUUGAAAUGUGGACAUAUACUGGAACUGUCGCUUUUUCUGCUCCAGAAAUAUUUACAGGAGAAGGUUACAAGUAUAUUUAUAUUAUAUAUAAAUAUAAAGUUAAAUGGUUGAUAUGUGGAGUGCCGGUUGUAUUUUAUAUUCAAUGUUAUCAGGAUAAUUGCCAUUUAUAUCAGAAUAGUAAAUUAAAUUAUAUUUUAGUUUAAAUGAUUUGAUAGAAUAGAUUAAGGAAGCUUAAAUUUAAUUUCCAGAUAAUUUAUUUAAUUAAAUUUCUAAAGAAGCUAAAGAUCUUGUUUCAUAAUUAUUACAAAAGGAUUCAACAUAAAGACCUUAACCAGAUGAUGCAUUAAAACAUGCAUGGUUUUAGAAUAGAAUUAAUGAAUAAGAAAUGUAAACGAUGAUAAAUUUCGAAAUAUAAAAAAAUAUUCCUAGAUUGACAUCUAAAUAUUAAAGGAAUAAUUAAAAAUCUAGAAGUAUACUUUUACGAUCUUCUUAAAAUAUAUUAUCAUCAAAAAUGGAUAAAUCAAAUCUAUAAUAAUCUGAGUUUACAUGUAGUCCUGAAAAGCUUAGUAAUAAAAAAAGCAACUUUUUUUCAAACUCUAUUUUUGAAAGUUAAUUACAAACUUAAAUUGCAAAUUUAAAUUAAAAUGAUGCAACCUCUAUAACAGAUUUUGCAAAUUUAUAAAUUAUAAAAAAUGCAUCAAAUUUUAGUGAGGACCUUGGUGAUUUAGACUUUGUAAAUCUAGAGUAAUUUGUUGUAUUCAAAAAAAAGGAAAAUGAAAAUGAAGAAAUUUAAUAGUGA